AUGUUGCUCUCGAUAAUCGUGCCUGACUCACAAACUCUUGAAGAGCAGGAUCUUGACUCCCUCUACAUUCAGCUCACCCAGUGUGCCAGGAGGAAUGCAAUAUUCUCUGGAGAAACCGUCGAAGGUUAUGUGAUCUACAGCUCUGUGGUGGACCCAGCACCAGAAAACAUUCAGGUUCGUUUCUUCCUUAGUGAAUGCGAGCAGCUCGCCAAAGCGGUGCGGAAUGAUCCUGAAGACGUCACAGAAGUGGACGCAGAGUUGGUUGCCCAAGGAAUUUCAGAUAUGGGUGACACCACUGAGAACUUGGCUAUCUGGAAGUUCUCGGCUCACAUAGUGAGUCCAAAGCUGAAGCUAGGAAAACUGGUCACGCUAGAAGCGUCUAUGAUCGAUGCAGAGCAUUCUGAUCUCAAUGGUCAACACAAAUCGAAUGAGGAUCCAAAGGUGUCUUCACCUUCGUUGUCAGAGACAACCAGCAAUGCGGAAAGUCCGCAGUCAGGGCCAGAAAGUACUAAAAUUGGCAACAUUCAGCCUGUAGGUAGCAAAGAAGAUGAACCUGCCACACUAGUUGUCACAGAGACGUUUCCAGUUUACCUCCCACUCAUGAUGAAGCUCAAAUCGACAAAACCAGGUGGUCGCAACGACAUUCUUCUAAGCUCCCUCAGUAUAGAAGCUUCAGAGGACUUACUAAAGUUUUCCAAAGAGGGAAAAUAUGAGAAUCUACUAUUCACAAUUCUAGACCUCUCGGUUAAAUUCCCUACGGGGAAGAUCACCAGUCUCUCGUCGCUAGAGAUACCAUCGCUGUUUGGCGUCCAUGAUAUCAUCUCGACUACGUAUCGCCUUGUCAAUAAUGGAGACCAAAUGCCCGAAAAUUCACAGCCUUUGCACAUCACGCUCAGUUCCCGAAUCGAUUUUAUAGAAGGCAAGGAGCGACAGCAGGUUGGGUCUGAUAUCAUCAGUCAAUGGACUCCACUUCUAGACUUCAGCCUCAUGGCUCCGCCUAUAAGCAACUCACUCAAGUCAUCUACGAACAUGUCACAUUCACAAUUGCAGCAGCAGUUUCAAAUACCCCAAAAGCUGCGCUCCUCCCAAAAUCUCCAGCGCAAGGAUUUCCUGAGCACCCCGACAUUUGCGACUCUGCCCAGUGUUCCUCACAUCAACUUUCCUGGAACGCCUUCCUCGAAGUCAUCAUACGGGAUACCGCAGCGUGUGAAGUCACCGAAUCCAGCGCCUGGCAGGACGCAGCUGAUGAAUGCUCUUUCUCAAGGUGGACAAAACCAUAACCUAGGAAACAAACCCAUCAAAAGAAAUUACAAAUCACUUCUAUCACAUGCGCUCUCUAUGUCACCGUCGGCAGUGACGAUUAAUCUCACAACGACAAAUAACACCGCUCUUUCUGGUUUGCGACUCACAUUUCUUGGAAGACUUGACGUUGAGCUCGGGAAGGUGGCAACACUUCGGAUACAGGCUAUCAACCUAUCGCUGAGAACGCUACAUCUUUCUUUGAUUGUGAAAAAUCCAACGAAGUUUGGCCCCGUGUAUUCGAGCAAUAACGUUGCAACCAGCAGCGCCUCAUCUUCCAACGUCAUAAGUGGUAAGGAUAGCAACCUGCAAAAGGUACUCGUCCAUAGCCGCCAGCAGCUAUUCCAUCAAUAUCAACAAAGCAAACUCGAGACAUGCGGUGUCAUAAUGUUGACCAAUGAUGUGAGACUUGGCCCUAUUGAACCCAAUGCAGUUUACGAGUCUGAAGUAGACAUCAUUGGCAUCUCGAAGGGGGUAUUUAAUCUUCAAGGACUCAAAAUCUUCGAUAUAGCCAGUGGUGAUGGUAUUGAUUUUGGUAAGCUCAUGGAGGUCUUCGUCAUAUAA